UUCUCAUUGACCCCCUCCCAGUCCAGGUCUGUCAAAGGGGUUCUGACUGGGCUCUGCUUCAGGGAUCCUGGCUAGACAACGCUGUCUGUCACACCUGGUGGGAGGGCCUGAGUUACGGACCCUUCCUCCGCACCUGCACUAUUCACUAGCCUGCUCCCCACAGGACAGUGUGCAUGGAAUGCAGGCUGUGUCUGGAAGACCUGUGGCCCUGGGGGACCUGAAAUUCCUGAGGUGGGCUGCCUGCUUCCUUUGUUCCUGCUGUUCUAGAGUUUAAAUGGCCUCUUUUUAUGCUGGACUCUCUUCUUGGGAUUCUCAAACUCUUUCACUCAGCAGCAUCAAUGCUCCCUAUAGAUCCCCUGGGAACUGAAACUGCGGUGUGGUGGAGGAAGUGGAAAGGGUAAACACAGUCUCUUGUCUUUGGACUGCCCUGUCCGGCCCCCUUUCCUCCCAGUUCAGCCUACUGUCCCAGGGUUCUCAGCACCUGCCUGUUCCCCAACCCCGUAGCACAGACCCCACACAUAUGUAGGCUCAUCAUGCCUGCAGGCUGGUCUUCCCUGACACCCUGGAUGUUGACAAUAGAACUGGGUUGUGGACCCAGCACCUGGAGAGAAGAAGUGCUAGAAAGGUAGAAAUAAUAAAAGGUGUUUUUGUUGUUGUUAGGAAACUGGAAAAGCAUGGGUCAAGGGGGUGGGCUAUGGUGGGGAUGGGAGGAGGUGGGAGUGAAAAUGAGGGCUGUGUACUUGAGGCUGGGAUUGGGGAAGGUAGUGAUGAGGACAGAAUAGGGAGUGGGAAGGACAGAAAAGGACAGCCGGCUUCAGGGAUUGAGAGAGGGGAAAAAGCUGAGCCACCCGGAGGGGGGACCUAGCACGCAAGCAGCAUGUGGCCCAACACUGGAACCAAGCAUCCCGGCUCCGGGCGCACCGUCUCAGGAUUCCCCAGGGACAAGUCCGGCCCCUUGUCCUCAAGGCUCUACCGACGUAAGGACCAAUAGAACCCGGUGCGGUGGAGCUAUUGUGAAGGAGCAAAAAACUGCCCUGGUUCUAAGAGGACGUCUUGGGGGAAGUGACGGCUGAGUUGAGGUGGAUCUGGCUGGCGAUGGAAGGUUCGAGCCAUAUAAACCUGGGAACCCGGAGCCUUUGACGACAUUGUUCGCCGAAGGCCCGGAGUCUGCGGACUCUUUAAGAAGGGAGGCGGGGGUGGUGGCAGCUGGCGGAAGUGACGGUAGGGGUGGGGCCGCUAGAGCGGCGGAAGUCGGAAGCAGAGGUCCAAAUUGCGCGUGGUGGCCAUGGCGGCGAGCGGGGCUGUGGAACCCGGGCCCCCGGGGGCUGCUGUCGCCCCCUCGGUCGCCCUGGCCCCGCCGCCCGCCGCUGAUCACUUGUUCCGGCCCAUCAGCGCCGAGGACGAGGAGCAGCAGCCCACUGAGAUCGAAUCGCUAUGCAUGAACUGUUACUGCAAUGGCAUGACGCGCCUCCUGCUCACCAAGAUUCCCUUCUUCAGAGAAAUAAUCGUCAGCUCCUUUUCCUGCGAGCACUGUGGCUGGAACAACACGGAGAUUCAGUCGGCAGGCAGGGUCCAGGACCAGGGAGUACGAUACACUUUGACCGUCAGGGCUCCGGAGGACAUGAAUAGAGAAGUGGUGAAGACUGACUCUGCUACCACAAGGAUUCCUGAGCUAGAUUUUGAAAUUCCUGCCUUUAGCCAGAAAGGAGCUCUGACCACUGUUGAAGGAUUGAUCACCCGUGCUAUCUCUGGCCUGGAGCAGGACCAGCCUGCACGAAGGGCAAACAAAGAUGCUACAGCUGAAAGAAUUGAUGAGUUCAUUGUCAAACUGAAGGAGCUAAAGCAAGUAGCCUCCCCUUUCACUCUGAUCAUUGAUGAUCCCUCAGGGAACAGCUUUGUGGAAAACCCACAUGCUCCUCAGAAAGAUGAUUCCCUGGUGAUCACACACUACAACCGGACCCAACAUCAGAAAGAGAUGCUGGGGCUCCAAGAAGAAGCACCAGCAGAGAAGCCAGAAGAGGAAGAUCUCAGAAAUGAAGUGCUCCAGUUCAACACAAACUGCCCAGAAUGCAACGCCCCUGCUCAGACCAACAUGAAGCUAGUACAAAUCCCUCACUUUAAGGAGGUUAUCAUCAUGGCUACCAACUGCGAGAACUGUGGGCAUCGGACCAAUGAGGUGAAAUCUGGAGGAGCAGUAGAACCCUUGGGCACCAGGAUCACCCUCCACAUCACAGAUCCCUCAGAUAUGACCAGAGACCUCCUCAAGUCUGAGACUUGCAGUGUGGAAAUCCCAGAGCUAGAAUUUGAACUGGGAAUGGCCGUCCUUGGGGGCAAGUUCACCACCCUGGAAGGGCUGCUGAAAGACAUCCGAGAACUGGUGACCAAAAAUCCUUUCACACUGGGUGACAGUUCCAAUCCUUGCCAGAAAGAGGGACUGCAGGAGUUUAGCCAGAAGAUGGACCAGAUCAUCGAAGGUAACAUGAAGGCUCACUUUAUUAUGGAUGAUCCAGCAGGAAACAGUUACUUGCAGAAUGUGUAUGCACCUGAAGAUGAUCCUGAGAUGAAGGUGGAGCGUUACAAGCGCACCUUUGACCAAAAUGAGGAGCUAGGGCUCAAUGACAUGAAGACAGAGGGCUAUGAGGCAGGCCUGGCUUCACAACGGUAGCAGUGGGGGGCUCAAGGGCCAGCGUCCAGUGCUGCUGUUUCUGUAGGUUAUUUAUUAGUAUCAGAAGAAGGCUGGGAGUGUCCUCCCCACCAGCCCUUGCCCAUGGUGGGGAGGACAUCUGGUCUGGGUCAGACUUUCUAAACAGCUUGUGAUGUAAGUGUGAGCCUCUUGUGUUACUUAACCUUAUUUUGGAAGUUUUGAAUUGGCCUCGGAGGAAACCCAGAAAUGAACCAGGGGUAUGUCAUUAUCACUUUUUUCAUAGCAAGUCCUUACCCUCCCUCCACUUAAUGCUCUGUCCUCUAAGGUUAGAACUCUGAAGUUGGAGAAGGUGGAAUAAAGUUACACCUGGAGUUUGGUUGUUGGUUUCGAGUAUAUAAAAUACUGACUUUCAACAGGAAAGGAGUCUCCUGAGGGGAGACCAAGUCCAGCACAAGUGAAGGAGUUACCAUUGAAAUGAUGACUUUCAAACAGCACUGGCCUCUGUAUUGACCCUAUCCUUGCUGAUAUGCUGUUAGAAUUCAGCCUCCCAAAGAAAAUUUUCCCGCGUAUCCACUGUAAUUUGGGGAUUGCAGCUGGCAUUUAAUUCAUUCCUGCAACAGAUGCUUGCUUAUCUAUGUUAUGCCAAGCACACCACAGAACAGAGGACAAAAUAAAUCUCUUUCAUUGAACUUAAA